AUGACUACCAAAGUCGAGAAAGCUGAUGAUGAGAUCGAUGCAUUUGAAGCUCUGGAAUCCGAGGAGAAAGAGUUCGUUAAGGAUGCAGAAAUCGAUCGCAUCUUGAAAGCUUUCCGUCUAGAUGCCUAUGCGGUACUCGACCUCCAGCCCGGUGUGCCCGAAUCCGACAUCAAGAAAUGCUACCGCGUAAAGUCGCUGUUAAUCCAUCCGGAUAAAACGAGAAAUGAACGGGCACCAGAAGCCUUCGACCGGCUCAAAAAGGCGCAAACGGAGCUCAUGGACGAGAAACAUCGCGAGCGCCUCGACGAGGCGAUCGCAGAUGCGCGUAUGCUGCUGAUUCGCGAGAACAAGUGGACGGUUGAUAGCCCGGAGCUGAAGACGGAGAAAUUCGCGCGGGAUUGGCGAGAAAAGACCAAGAUGGUGCUGAUUGACAAUGAGCAUAGGAGACGACGACAGCUAAAGGCGCAGAUGCAGGAGGAGGGCCGGGAGCAGAAGAAGGCAGAGGAAGAGUUAGAGGCGAGGAAGAGGAAGCGGGAGCAUGAGCAGGACUGGGAAAAUACGAGGGAGCAGAGGAUUGGCAGCUGGAGGGAGUUCCAAAAGGGCGCCGAGAAGAAGAAAAAGAAGAAGCCAAAGCCCCUUGGUUGA